CCGCAUCACCGUUGCACUCGCGCUCGUCGACCAAAAGACCCCACGAUGGAUUCCUCCUCAAAAGCCCCCGUCAAGCUCGCUAAAGUCAUCAAGGUCCUCGGCCGCACGGGGUCUCGUGGUGGUGUGACGCAGGUGCGCGUCGAGUUCAUGGACGACACCUCCCGGUCGAUCGUCCGCAACGUCAAGGGCCCGGUCCGUGAGGAGGACAUCCUCGCUCUGCUCGAGUCUGAGCGUGAGGCACGCCGCUUGAGGUGAUUGCGCCCCGCUCCUGGCCUGAUGCAUCCAUCUCUUCUACACGUCUCUGUCGCAUACACUGUAUCGCAUAUGCUCGAACCAUGCCUAUGAUAUGAGCUGCCCACUGCCCCC